AACCCAGCUCCAUCAUAUACCAACUUUCUCGAUCACCACCCCCCCUUCACUAUCCCGCUCGUCUACUCUCCUAAUAUAUUACUCGAUUACGUCUUAUUUCUGUUCGAAUCCCAAUUAUGUCGACUUUAGAGGACCUUGACGACCUUGAGCGCGAGGAGAGAGACAAGAAGAAGGAGCAAGGUGAUGGCGGUGACGGCAAGCAGCCCGGUGAUGGCGACGCUGAAAUGAAGGAUGCCGAUGGGAAAAAGAAAGACGAGGAAGAGGAGCUUCUAGAUGAGGAGAUCCUGGGUUCAAGUACAGCGGACAUUGUCAAGCGACGGCGGAUGCUGGAGAACGAGCUUCGUAUAAUGAAAAGCGAAUACCAGCGGUUGACACACGAACAGAAUACGAUGAGGGAGAAGGUCAAGGAUAACCAAGAAAAGAUUGAGAAUAACAGACAAUUGCCGUACCUCGUCGGAAAUGUUGUCGAGCUGCUGGACUUGGAUGUCGAAGCUGAAGCCGCCGAGGAGGGUGCCAAUAUCGACCUGGAUGCUACUCGAGUAGGCAAAUCGGCUGUCAUCAAAACGUCGACCCGCCAAACAAUCUACCUUCCCCUUAUUGGUCUAGUUGACCAUGAGAAGCUCAAGCCCGGUGACCUCAUUGGUGUUAACAAGGAUUCAUACCUCAUUCUCGAUACCCUACCAGCCGAAUAUGACAACCGGGUGAAAGCCAUGGAGGUCGAUGAGAAGCCCACAGAGAAGUACACGGACAUUGGUGGUUUGGAUAAGCAGAUUGAGGAGAUUGUCGAAGCUAUAGUAUGGCCUAUGAAGGAGGCUGAAAGGUUCAAGAAGCUUGGCAUCAAGGCACCAAAGGGUGCCCUGAUGUACGGCCCCCCCGGUACAGGAAAGACGCUUCUCGCCCGGGCCUGCGCGGCAGAGACAAAUGCAACCUUCCUGAAGCUUGCCGGUCCCCAGCUCGUGCAAAUGUUCAUCGGUGAUGGCGCGAAGCUUGUCCGGGAUUGCUUCGCUCUCGCCAAAGAGAAAGCACCCUCUAUCAUCUUCAUCGACGAGCUCGAUGCGGUGGGAACAAAGCGUUUCGACUCCGAAAAAUCCGGUGACCGUGAAGUUCAACGAACCAUGCUGGAACUUCUCAACCAGCUCGACGGUUUCGCCUCCGAUGACCGAAUCAAGGUCCUUGCCGCCACUAACCGCGUUGAUGUUCUUGACCCUGCCCUUCUCCGUUCCGGCCGUCUCGACCGAAAGAUCGAAUUCCCGCUUCCCAACGAGGAGGCGCGAGCCAACAUUCUCCAGAUCCAUUCGCGCAAGAUGACUGUCGAAGACUCCGUCAACUGGGCUGAGCUGGCUCGCAGCACGGACGAGUUCGGUGGUGCACAGUUGAAGGCCGUUUGCGUGGAAGCCGGUAUGAUUGCCCUCCGAAAAGGCUCGAGCAAGAUUGGUCACGAAAAUUAUGUCGAUGCCAUUGCUGAAGUCCAGGCAAAGAAGAAGGAUACGAACAUGGGCAUCUAUGUUUAGACUCUUUUUGUGAUACGUCCUUCUUUCUAUGCUAAUGUAGACUUGCCUUCCACUUUCUAUGCGAUUCCUAUCUACGUACGUAUCAGAAUAACCAGCCUUACGCAAACGAUAGUAUGUCAACUUCUUUUGCCCUUGAUGUAGUCCGUAGUAACUAUUAUCUUGUAUAAGCGUCCACUACGCGACCUGGGCGCUUACUCCCAUCUACCCCAAUUGCAUCUAUCGGUUUAGUGUUUUGUAGUCGUCUUAAAAGCAAUUCUCGAUUUCGAAUCGUCAAGUACAACUAAGUUACUUGUUUUCUCUUACUGUAUAUUAUUACAAUCUUCAAAGUAGAACAUAAGAAAACC